UUGAUGGUUUGUUAUGUAACCGAUCAUAUUAAAUCAAAACUUUUUACAAAUAUGUCAAUACAAUAGAGUUUGAAAUUGCUCGUGUUUGUGUGUAGUGUACCCAAAAAGCCAUGACGUCACAACGCGUGACGGCGUCGCGGUAGGCGAAUGACGGACUGAUGGCUAAAAAUAGGCUGUGUUGUCGCAGGAAGAGAGGCCAAGACACACCUACUGUUUUACAUCUUGCAAGCAUGCAACGAUUGUCUGUGACACACAGAACAGUCUUGAAUCGUCAGUACAGAAGAACGAUUACUGAAAGAGUUUCAAACAUCGGUCAUAUUUAUUAUUUAAUUUAUAGAAUUAUUUAUAAUAAAAGUACACCAGAUACGGUGACGUUAACCGCACGGAAGUGAUAUCGCAACAUUCAACAAUAACAACAACAAAAAACAAUAGGCCCUAACAAAAAACAUUUUUUAAUUAAUUUAUUAAAUUUAAAUCUAGAAUCUAUUCAGUUUGGUGAAACUCAUUGUUCAUUAUGGAAAAUGUAAAUUUUGCUGAAAUUCUUCAACUUUUUGGAUGUGUUGUCACUUCAACUUCAAAUGUAAAGUCUAACAACCUCAAGGAUGCACCAUCACAAUGUGGUAUUCUCUACCAACCUGAACAAGGAGUUGUUCUUUCUCAUGGCUCAAUUUUAGCUGACUAUUGUAUUGCUGAUAAAAAACUAAAUAACAAAAUAAAUAAUGGCUCACCAAUAGAGGAAUCCGAUCUUGGAGAUGCAGUGUUUAGUACCAUGAUCGACAGGAGGUGGUCACCAUGUGAGUUAAACACUAGAUCUAGAGAAGAACAGCAUGAUUCAGAUAAUACCAAUUUAUCUACUGAUCACUGUCCAGAAUAUCGUACAUUAGCUUGCAGAUUUAUUUGUGCAUUUAAAAAUGAGGAUUUCAGCAGAGCUGUCAGCAAAUUUAUGCCAGAGAGCACCUGGUCAUUUGAGACCAGCCAGAAUAUAACAGAUGUAACAGACCAAGAUAAUUCAAAACAGGAUAUGUGUGAAAAACUAUCUUUCAACUUGCUGAGUUAUUUUGUAAUUCUAAAAACAUGCCCCCUUACACUUACAUUGUCAAGAACAAAAUUAAGAAAGGAUUAUAGUUUACCCUUGAUUCUAAGACAGCAGUGCAGGAUUGGUGAAGCAGCUGAAAUAGUGUCAACACCCUUUGGAAGCCAGAAUCCAUCUGUAUUUUUUAACACCUAUAGUGUUGGUGUUGUAUGUAAUGUCAGUGGUAAUGAAGGUUGUUGGAUAGUUACAGAUGCUCGCUGUAUUCCUGGCUCAGAAGGAGGUGCUCUUUUUACUGGCAAAGGAGGUCAACAGAGAUUUCUGGCUGGAAUAAUUGUUGCAUCACUGUGUUGGAAAAACAAGGAAUGGGUCGGCUUUUCAAUGGCAUGCAGCAUCAGAAGUGUUAUUGAAUCCAUGUUUAAAACAUUCAAGAAGAUAAGGUGUGACAACAUAACAAGCUUACUUGGUGCAAAUUUGAAGCCCUUUCAUUAUCUUACAAAUCAAGAGAUAAAUUCAUCUAAAACUAUAGAAAAAAAUGAAGAAUUUUUGUCCUCUACUGUAUUGAUACGUGUUGGUAAUACAUGGGGAUCUGGUGUCAUUGUAAACUGCCAGAAGGGAAUCAUUUUAACAUGUAGUCAUGUUGUUAAGGAUACACAACACUUUACAGCAAUGAUCAAACCAUACCAAGGAUCUCAAGAAUAUUCUGCUCAUGUGGUCUACAGCAAUAGAAAUGCUCCUUAUGGCCCUUUAGACAUAGCUGUAUUGACAUGCCCUGAAGCUACUGCUCAUUUAUGUUCAAAGCAUAUCCCUAAAAUAAAUACUCCUCAAAUAGGUGAGAAAGUGUUGGUGAUAGGUCAUGCUCUUUUCAGCUAUGACCUAAAUAUGCACCCAUCAAUAACUGUAGGAGUAGUAUCAAAAUUAAUACAUUCACAUGAACAACUUGCGAUUGUUCAGUCAACAUGUGCUGUACAUGCUGGAUCUAGUGGAGGCCCAUUGCUCAAUGCUCAGGGAGACUUGAUAGGCAUUAUUGUGUGUAAUACUGUGGAUAAAGGAAGUAAUGCUUGUUAUCCUCAUCUCAACCUUUGUGUACCAGCCAUAAGCUUGUUAUCUCCCUUACAAAGAUAUUUGGAUUCUGGAGAUGCAUCCGCCUUUGCUGCUUAUAAUGUUGAAGACCUGACUACAAAAAGACUUUGGGCACUGGAUAGCAAUGUUUUAGGUGAAAGAAGUAGCCCAACAAAAAGCAAACUGUGAUUAAUUUUAAUUGUUAUUUUUAAUAUUCAUACUUUUAUGUUGUGCCAGUGUUAUUACUGUAAUAAGCCAUUGUCUUUCUUGUUGAUGGAUCAAAUAACCAUAUUUUUUGUGUGUAAAUGUAGAGUUUUAAAUUUUAAUGCCAAUUUUAAAUAAAGA